AAAUGGCAGCGAAGAGAAUGGAGCUGUCAAAGUUUUUCUGACGUUAGGUCCGAGGUGAAUGGAAUUACAGUUGCUGUUUACCAAAAGAUGGACGGGACGGCGGACAGUAGAGAGGGCAUGCUCUCUAGAAUGGCGCUCAAUGACAACAAGGCUGGCAUGGAGGGCCUCGACCGCGACAAAAUCAACAACAUUAUCCUCGAGGCGUCCAAGGGCUCCAGGUUCUAUGUCAAUGAGGUAAAAAAGGAGCAGCAGGUAAAUGAGCGCAUCGGGAAGAUGAUGAGACAUAAAGCUAAACUCACUGAACAGCAGAUACAAAAAGCGCAAGCUGAGGUGGAGAAGCUGUCCGCAGAGCUGGAGAUGGGUCGUGAGCUGGGCCGGGUGAUCGUGCACGUGGACAUGGACGCGUUCUAUGCUGCCGUGGAGAUGAGAGACUGCCCGGAGCUGAAGGACAAACCCAUGGCUGUGGGAUCCAUGAGCAUGCUGUCCACUUCUAACUACCAUGCCAGGAGAUAUGGUGUUCGUGCAGCCAUGCCAGGCUUCAUCGCCAAGAAGCUUUGUCCAAAUUUGGUCAUCGUGCCACUCAACUUUGAUAAAUACACAGCAGUGAGUGAACAGGUACGAGAGGUGUUUGCAGCAUAUGAUCCUCACUUUCUGCCCAUGAGUUUAGAUGAAGCUUAUUUGGACAUCACUGAGCACCUUCACGAGAGGCAGCACUGGCCUGAGUCUAUGAGAUCAUAUAAGUCCUGUGAUGCUCAGAGUGGAGAAGAGAUGGAUAAAACCAAGAAUGAGGUUCCAGUGGAGACAGAUAAUCUAUCCCCUGUCCUGUUUGAGGACAGUCCAAGUUCCUCCCCUAGUCUCCCAGGGUCUGAUGGGAAGGUGGAGGUGUUUGGGACGAGCCCCGAAGAGGCUGUGAGGGAGAUGCGCUUCCGUAUCGAGCAGAAAACUUCGCUGACCGCCAGCGCCGGCAUCGCCCCGAACAUGAUGCUUGCGAAGGUGUGCAGUGACAAGAACAAGCCCAAUGGUCAAUACAGCAUCCUCCCUGAGAGACAGGCUGUGAUGGACUUCAUCCGGGACCUACCUGUUCGCAAGGUUUCAGGGAUCGGGAAAGUGACGGAAAAGAUGCUGGCAGCCCUGGACAUCUUCACUUGUGCCCAGCUUGGGCAGCAGAUGAGAGUGCUGUCGCUGCUCUUCUCAGAAACAUCCUGGCACCAUUUCCUCCAGAUCUCCCUGGGCCUUGGCUCUACACGCAUAGAGAGAGACUCUGAGAGGAAAAGCAUGAGCACAGAAAGGACAUUUGGAGAGAUGAGCGAUUCUGAGGAGCAGUAUGCCCUAUGCAGAGAGCUGUGUCGUGACUUGGCACAGGACCUGCAGAAGCAGGGCCUCAAGGGCAAAACGGUUACCUUGAAAUUAAAGAAUGUCAGCUUUGAGGUGAAGACCAGAGCGCUUACACUGCAGUGUGCCGUCUGCACCGAGGAGGAGAUUUUCAUCCCUGCUAAGGAGCUUCUGAAGGCUGAGAUUGACUAUGUCAGCCCCCAGCUACUGAGGCUUAGACUUAUGGGUGUUCGGGUUUCAAGCUUCAUCAACACUGAUGACAAACAGCCCCAGCAGAAGAGCAUAGUGGGCUUCCUGAAGAUAGCAGCACGUUCUCAUAGUUCACAAUCCAAGCCUGAAAUGGCUAGUUUGUCAGAAUGUAGGGUCAGUUCUCAAAGGCAACCACCUGCUGAGUCCUGGAGUGCCUCAGCUGGAGGGCAAACACUCAGGCCUCUUAGUAAGUGGCGAACUGAAUCUGGAGACACCAGAGGCCCUAAGCAGCAGACCUUCUUCCAGAUGGCCCAUUCAAAGAGGUUGCAAGAUCAAGCUUGGCAAGAACCAAGCUCUGUGUGCACAAAUGACACAGACAAUUUUUUGGCCACAGACUCAAUCCACAAAUCUGGCUUUUUUACCGCAACAAGCCAUGAAACGGACAAAAUAGGAAAUACGCAAACAAGCUCAUCAAUAACGCAUGCAGAAACGGAGCAAAACGCACUCGAAACAGACACGACCUUGCCUACAACAAGCACAGUAUCACAUGCAACUCAACGCGCUGACAAGCCAGCAUUAGGAAAAACGCAGUCAAGUCCACCGGAGUGCUUCACGUGCCCUGUGUGUUUUAGUGAAAUGCAGUCUAAAGACCUUGCAGCGAUCAACCAGCACAUCGAUGAGUGUCUAAAGUCCAGUGCAGCGGACAGUGAGAGUUGUCACAUGGUCUCGGAUCAGAAUGUGUAUGUAGACCCAAAACAGGUGGACAGGAAGGAUGAAGAUCAGCAGUUGUCUCAUCAGUCCAAAGCCACAGAUUCAAGCUCAGGAAGCAAAGAAUCACUGGAGACUCUGAACAAAGGCUUGUUAAAAAGUGUUGAGGAGGAACAACACCCCAGUUCCUUGAAUGCAAUCACAGCAGCAUUUAUUUUUGAAAAAGGUGAAAAAUCCAAUUUGAGAGAGCCAACGAUGAAUGAAAAGUGCUUACUUCUGCCUGAUUCUGGAACUAUAGCCUUACUCCAGACCUCUGAGGUACUAAUGAUGUCAUCGGAGGAGAAAACCUCCACCUUGACAUGCCCGGUGUGUAAUCAGCCUCAAGAUACAGAUGACCUCACUCUCUUCAACCAUCAUGUGGACAUGUGCCUCAACCAGGAGGUGUUGCAGGGUUUCAGGGAUACUGUGUCACCACAGGCUCAGACAGCUGUAUUAUUCCCACAGAAGAUCAAAGAUGACAGAGGAUGUAGUGCAAGAGGAAAGAGCAAAAGGCGAGGAUCACCACCACCACCUCCCUCAAAGAAAACCAGACCCACUGGCCCAAGACACACCAUUGACAAGUUCUUUAAAGGAAACAGCAACCAGAAAUUCUAAAUAUCAUCUGUACAACUUCUCCAGAAUGGAAAAGUUCAGACCAAGAGCAACAGCUUGCAGUGAAGUAACAUAUUAGAGGUAUUCGUUGGGAAAUUACUGUUUUGUUUAAUUUCCCCUCCGGGUAAAGAAAAAAAAAAUCCACAUACAAGUAAACAGGUGUUUGAGAAGAAUUGUUCCUGUCCAAAAUGGUAAUCAUGUCAAAGGAAAAUGGUGAGCACUUUAGCACUAUGUACUUAAUUUAAAACAAAGGCACUGGUAGCAACCGGAAUGCCAAUUAACUUUUAUUUUUAUACUUGGAACAAAAUGCUUAUAAUUUUGUGAUGUAAUUACUGACAGACUAAGCACGUUCCCAGUCUUGUACAAUAUCAUCUGAACUCUUAAUGAGAAAUAAAUAUAUUAAACGUUUUGUUACUGUACCAGUAACCUGGUAAAAACAAAACAAGCUUUCAUACCAAAAAAUUCUGUCCGGCAUAUCGCCAACAGCAAGCAGGCUCCCGGCCCAUUCCUUUAGUCAGAUGACCGAGUGGCACGAUUAGUCCCUCCCAACUUCCGUGUUCCAUGUUUUCCGUCUUGUGUAUUUUAGUUGCAUGCGUAGUUUAGUUU